GUUCGCAAACCUGUGGUUAUAGAAAGAAGAACGCGAAAUAUGACGCCCGCUGCGCCACAUCUCGACGCACUCACACCAAAAGCCAAGUUCCGCCGUAUUCAGAGAAGAUCUUUCGGAUCCGAUGCUGCUGCUGAGAAAAAAUCUUCAAAGCUGAAAAAUGAUCACAAGAGAUUGCUAAAUUCAUCACUUUCCAAUGCCGAAAGCUGUGACGAAGAGGAUAACUCACCUAAACGCAGGCGUUUCUCUCCACUAUCGCAUCGCUUUGCGUCUGGACCAAGCACUUCCAAUAAGUUGCAUUGUGACAGCCACGUGGAGUUCAGUGAUGAAGACGCUGAUGAACAGCUGCAUUCUAAACAAGGCAGGAAACUGAACAAAGGACCACGCAGCAAGGGCGGCAAAUGCCACAAAGGCGGUAAAAGCAGCAAAACGGAAUUUUCCUUUACAGAUGAACAAUCAAGCAGCAAUACUGAUCUGCAAAAUUCAACGAAACGCAGCUAUUAUAUCGUUCAAAAUGACGGUCGCCCAGCUGAGAUGUUUCGUACAGACCUACUUGAUAGGCUGCGUAGAGGUAUAGAUUUCAAUGCGGACAGCGAUGACGAGGAUGUACCUGGAAGUGGUUUGACGCGCAUGCUGGAUAGAUGGCGCACGGAGUGGAGUUAUGGUACCCAAGUACCACUUCAUUCAGAUGCCACGUACACCAAUGAGGUUCGCAAGUCUACCGUCAAGUUUCAAGAUCCAUCACCUUCUUGUAUGCGACAACAACGCCGUGUUCUAAUGAAAAAGUUUCUCGCCAUUCCCUAUAAAGAGUUUCCGAGGGAACCUUUGCGUCUUUAUGAAAGCACGAGAUUGGACGAACGGUAUUUGAAGCUUAUAAAUGAGCAGAGAGAUAAACCUUUGACGAUGGAAGUUUUUCUUAAAAUCAUGAAUGCCUUUGAAAUUGAUUGCUACAAGAACAUCCACAAAAAGCUGCUGGAACCUCUCCACUCUCCGUGCUCGCGGGUGGAUGAAUAUGAUGAGGAAGCAGCUUGCGAUGUUUGUCGUGCGCGCGAAUCUGAACCAGACGAUGAAAUGGUCUUUUGUGAUGGCUGCAAUCUUUGUGUUCACAUGUCGUGUUAUGGUUUGCAGGAACUACCAGCUGGUGAAUGGCUGUGCAUGAAGUGCUGCUAUUGUUUUGGUCGGAAUCCUCCAUGCGUGCUUUGUCCUACCAUAGGAGGUGCACUAAAAUGUACCGAUACGAAAAAUCAGUGGGCGCACGUGGUUUGUGCGCUGUGGAUACACGAAUGCCGGUUCGGAGAUAUUGAAAAACGAGAGCCAAUAAUGUGCAUUGAUGAGAUACAAGAAGAAAGAUGGACGGCGAAGUGUUGCAUUUGUGACACUCGGCAAGGAGCAUGCAUCAAAUGUUCCGUAAGCACCUGCAAGACCUUCUUUCACGUCACUUGUGCCUUGCGAAGUGGAUUAGAGAUGCGCAUUGAACAGGACACCGACGAUGACAAGGUGCACAUGAUCUCGCUCUGCUCCAAACAUCGAUCUGCUAAAGAUUUUGAACCGGAUGAGGCUAUCCGUGACCUCAGCCAGGUGACCGGGUCAGAUGAAGAGACGGCAGUACAGCCUAGCUCUGGUCCAUUGGCAAGUCUAGAGCAGACUUGCUACGUUUUUGUUGAUUAUAAGGACGUUGCGAAGAGGCUCUCACUCGAUCUUCUAUGUGUAUCUGAUGUUUUUGAGUACUGGAAAUGGAGAAGACUGCGCAAUAACGGCAGGCCGCUCAUCGAUAACUUACAAGAUGAGAUAACGAUAGAUGAGCCGGAGCCGAUACAACUUGAACUACCGGAUUAUCUUGAGAUUACUGGUAAUGAUACGCAAGGGACGGCGAAGAAAAGGCGUGGUCGUCCAAAGAGAGAUGAGGGCGAUGCUGUUGCAACACCGUCUUCUAGUGCAUAUGGCGCCAAGAAAAUGACUAGAACUGUACGAUCAUGGGUCAGACUGUGCAAUUCCCUUCACAAGGGACAUGGGUUGCUUGGUCUGGUAUUGCGUAAAGCUAAAGAGCAGCGAAAUAUGGUCCACGCUUGUGGAGAUGCGGCUAUGUUGAUUGCUGAGCAUAUUUCGCGUCCGGUGCCCAUUAGUCAACGAACAUUUGCUUAUCUGAACGACAGCGUGGAGCGUCUGUACUCGAAGGAAGUGCUGGAAGAAGGUGAAGCUAAAGCUGAGGAACCUGGCUUUUUCUCGGACUCCCCGGCAAGAACGCCGCCUGCGUCGAGACUAAGCAGUCAUCAAUCGUCACUCGAUUCCACUGCUUCAACGUCUUCCUCGUCGGCGUCGUACCAUCCAUCCCACGAAACAAUACCUAAGGUUCCUGGAAGAAUCACAAGAAGUCGUGAUGGUGCUGCUACAUCUGUACCAAAUCCACCUGCCAAAAGUUCGGAGCCGAAGCGAAAAAACUCAUCUGCGGCUACAGUCAAGAAAGAAGAUCAAGAAACGAAAAAUAAUUCACACGGAGCAGAGAGAAAACCUGACACUCACAUUAGUGAGAUUCCUGAACUAAUAUCGAGCCGCUUGCGUUCUGCGAGCCCGCUGUUCCGCGCAGUUCAGUUGAAAAAUAACAUCGUGCCCAAAACUGAACCUGUCAAAGAAGAGAGCAAGCAAAACGUUCGCAAACAUCACCGACGCUUCAGCGAGAAGGAUGCCGAUUACGUACCUCCUGACGACGUCAAGGAAGCGACGCCGGAGAGGAAUGAUGAUAAUUUGGACAUACGUAGAAGACUGAGAAGUUCGGAAGCUACCAGCACUACCAGCACAAGUAUUGCCGAGAAGCUGCUCAAGGAUUUCAAAAACACCGGCAGGAGUUUCACAAAUGGACGGGACAUGAACAGGGACGGAGAUGAAUUGGACAAGCCCCGUUUGCUGAGAUCUCGUUCUAGCCUUCCUCCUAUGUUUCAGCCAUCAAGAAGUCCGGAGAAGAAACCUCUGUCUCUUUCGAAGAGCGUUCCUGAGAUAGCGCGGAACCAUAGAAAUCGUCGUUCUGAUAUUGGACAGACCACAAGGACCGUUUUUGUGAACUGAGAGAUUUAGCAUGCAUUCCCGAUGUACGAUCAGGUCUUGGAAGUGAAUACCAUAUAGGGAGCUGAGAAGAACGCGGCUAGCAGUGAUCAUGGUCGGCAUACUUGGUGGAAAGAAUGUUCGUUGAUUGCUAUCACUUGUGAGAUCUUUCUGUAGCAUUCAUCGAACAUUUUUUUUGAAUUAUCUAGUCUUUAUAACGUACUUUUCGAUUAUAUGGUACAUUAUGUUCUUGUAGCCCAGUGCGGUUAUUUGUUUAAUUUUGUGUAUAACAGUGGUAGUAAUGGUAAAGCUUUAUGUUUGGAACGCUGUUAUAAUUUCAAGUACGAAAAUGUCGCCUCCCGCAAGGCUUUAUGAGUUUGAUACAUAAUUUAUCUACUAAUGCAUGAUUGUAUCAUAUGCACGCUACUGCAUCACCCUUUUUAUGCAUAUUCCGCUGUCCCACACGUGUAUCGUUUUCUCCGCGCGUGCCUUGGUGCUACGCAUAAUUCUUUUCUUUUCUUACUUCAUUGUCUACCUCAUUGCUAACAAUAAUUAUUUGAUUGGAAAAUGCAUUUGCUUCAGUUUAUUAUGUAUAUAAGCAAUAAAUAUCGU